AUGAGGCGCUUUGGAAACACCAUCCAGGACUCGGGACCGGCAAGGUUUACGACUGCACUGCUUACUGCGCUCCUGAUCACCAGCGCUACCUUCAUUCCAUUCCUCACGCAGAGCACUGUCGCAAACCCAGUUCCUGUACCGCGUCCUCAGCCAAAUCCUGAUCCUAAUCCUAAUCCUCAGGACCCUCAAGCUGGCAGUCCUACAACUGAUGGCUACUAUCCCGACCCAGAGCCAUGUCGCGGCAACUGCUCUUGGAUUCACGACCCUAGUGUCAUAUUUGAGAACAACAAAUACUGGCGUUUCUCGACUAGCGGCAACAUUGCCGUUGCCAGUGCGCCAUCCCUGGGAGGACCAUGGGAAUAUGAAGGCGCGUUGUUACAAAACGGUACCAGCAUCCAGGUCCAUCCGGAUCAAGACAUCUGGGCACCUUCAGUAAUGAAGCGAGGCGAUACCUUCUACUGCCACUACUCCGUCUCCCGAAUCGGUCUCCAAAACUCCUCCAUCGGCGUCGCAACAUCGCAGUCCCUCGAGCCCGGUAGCUGGCAAGACCACGGCGACAUCGGCCUCCCCCUAUCCGACAAGUACAACCUCAUCGACCCCUUUGUCUUCCAAGAGACGCCCAAAGACCCCAUCUACUUCACCUUCGGCUCCUUCUGGGACGAUAUCUUCCAGGUCGAGCUUUUCCCGCACGACGACCUCAUGGCUUUUGGCGGGUGGGCCGAGCAGAAUAACCGCAUCAAUAACAUGGUGCGGAAUAGUACUUACGGGGCUACCGUCGCUGAGGGCGCUAUAAUGUGGAAAGAAGAGGACUUUUACUACAUGUUCUACAGCGUGGGUAUGUGUUGCAAUACGCCAGAAACUCCAGGAGGUCUUGCUCCUGAGGGUCAGGUAUACCACGUUGUUGUCUGUCGCUCGGAAGUUCCUACUGGGCCUUUCUAUGAUCAGGAAGGAAAGAGUUGUCUCGAGGAGAACGGUGGUACGACUAUCCUUGCUAGCCACGGCGAUAUCUAUGCACCUGGUGGACAGGGCGUUAUGGUCAACCCUGAGAAUGGGAGGACCGUGUUGUACUAUCACUAUGUUCGUCCGAGUGUCGGCUAUGCAGCUGAUCAGUUCUUUUUUGGAUACAACUAUCUUGACUGGGAAGACGGCUGGCCGGUCGUUGUUAUUGCUUGA